AUGAAUAAAAAGACGAGGACUGGUCCCAGGAUUCGCAUAACACGGCCCGCGCUACGGAAGAAGCUCGAAGAAGCGCCCGAGGGCGCUGUCGAUGAGCGCAAACUGAUUUACACCUGCCAAUACUGCAGGGUCAAGUUCACGCAAAACAGCCACUUCUUUCGCCACAUGACGUCCAACCACCAAGCGCAGCAGGCGGAGGCGACCUUCGAAUGCAACGAGUGCCAGAUUGUCUUCACGAAGAAGACCACAUUAGACAUUCACUGUCAAAAGCGGCACCAACUGAAGAGCAAGUCCAAAUGCGAUUCGUGCGCGAUCACAUUCAAAUCGCGCUAUUGCCUGCGACGACACCUUAAACUGAAGCAGAUGAUGGCCGAAAACUCCUGCCUGAAGUGCCAGAAGAAGUUUACGAACAAGGAGCUCCUCGCAAAACAUGUCCUCAAUAAGCAUACAUUUAAAAAUGCCACCUUUCAGUGCGACCACUGCUCUUUAAAGUUCAAAGCGAAAAAAUCUCUACAGACUCAUUUAAGUCGCAUUCACAAGAGGUUA